AUGUUUUGGAGACCUGAAGCACUGUUUGCAACAAUAUAUGGAUUGAACUGGAUGAUGGAACUGUUGACUUUGGGACUUUUGUAUUGGCGUGCUUUGAUUCUUCUUGAAAACAAUGAAAUAGACAUGAGCGAUGUUGUUAUGAUUUCUGCUUUUGGAAUGUUUGCAUUAGAAGUACUAAAAAUUGUUGGAACGUUAGCGAGACGUAUUGGUGCAUCAUUUGCUGCUGCUCAUGCUUUUUUUGAUCUAUUUGAUCGAAUACCAACUAUUGAUAAUGGAUCGAAUAAAGGCCGAGAAUUGACUAACUUUAGUGGAGAAACAGAAUUUAAUCAAGUUAAAUUUGUUUAUCCAAGUCGUCCAACAGUUCUUGUUCUUAAUAAACUUCAAUUAUCUAUUAAAUCAGGUCAACGUAUAGGUCUUGUUGGUUCAUCUGGAUGUGGAAAAUCAACCAUAGUCCAAUUAUUAGAACGAUUUUAUGAUGUUACAUAUGGAGAAUUGAUUCUUGAUGGUGUUGAUAUUCGAAAAUUAAAUAUUCAAUGGCUUCGUUCUCGUUUGGGUAUUGUUAGUCAAGAACCAGUUUUAUUUGAUUUAACAAUUGCUGAAAAUAUAACAUAUGGAUUAGAAAAUAUACCAAUGGAUGAGAUUGUUCUUGCUGCAACUAAAGCUAAUAUUCAUCAAUUUAUUCAACAAUUACCUCAAGGUUAUGAUACAAAAGUUGGAGUAAAAGGUAGUUUUUUAUCAGGUGGUGAAAAACAACGUAUUGCUAUUGCUCGAGUUCUUAUUCGUCGACCUAAAAUAUUAUUAUUAGAUGAAGCUACAAGUGCUAUGGAUCCAUACAAUGAAUACAUAGUACAAGCAACUCUUGAACAAGCUCAAAUAGAAGAUCCUAGUCGAACAUCAAUUAUUAUUGCACAUCGUCUUUCAACAAUACGUUCAUGUGAUUUAAUACAUGUACUUGAAAUGGGUCGCAUAGUAGAAAGUGGUACUCAUACAGAACUAAUACAAAAAGGUGGAAUUUAUUAUAAAAUGUUAAAUGCUCAAAACAACGUACAAUAA